GAUUUUCUUGUUAAUAAGUUACUAUAGUAACCUGUCUGUUGUGUAUUAUAACCCAACAUUUUUCUACUGCCGCACAGAAUUUCUAUAUUUUAUACGUUUUAUAAUGGCGUUAUCACCAAAAGGCAAGGAAGCUCUUAGUGAACAUCUUGCUCAACAGUCUAAAGAUGAAAGUUACACUAAAGACAUACAAACUAUCAACAAAAAAGCUGAACGUGCGCCCUUUCAAAGACACUGCUAUCGCCAACAAAUUGAAUUGGACACUUUGGAACAUGCCAGGUCCAAACAAGCCAAUGCUGCGCUCAAAACUGCGCAGUUGCAACAAACCGAGAACUUCGCGUAUGAAAUGCGCCGAUUAAAAGACGAAGAAUUUUGCGAGAUGAAAUUACGCCAACAAUUGCGUGAAAAUUGUCCAGACCUACGCGAUUUGCGCAAGAAAUUAAACGCUUGCUACGCGAAUAAAAUUGUUCAUGAGCAAAUCAAAGAAAAAGACGCGCGACGUCUCCAAGAACAGAUUCUAGAAAGGGAACAGAAUGAAAUAUUAGCAAAAGCUCACGUCACCGAGAAAGAAUACUUCAAACAACAAAAAGAACUUGAACUUUUACGUCAAGAGCAAUACAAACGCGAGUUACAAGAUCAAAUGAUCUUCCAAGAAAACGCAAAACGUGCGAAAUACGAAGAAUUCCUAAAGGAAAAGAAACUAAUCGACGAGUUAGUCCUCCGCAUCCAAGAAGAAGAAGCAAGGGAAAUGAAGCAGAAAUACUGCGCCAUGUUGAAAACCCAGGAAGACAUUCGGAACUUCAUGGAGAGCCAACAAACUUGGCGAAUCAAAGCGCGAGAACGCGUUGAACGCGAAGAUUUGGCCAUUCAAGAGUUCAUCAAGAAUAAAAUGGAACAAACGAAGAAGUGCGCCGAAGAGAAAGAAGCACGGCAAAGUGCACGUGCGCAAAUGUGUGACGAAAUGGCCAAGCAGAUGUACAUCGAAAAGCGAAAACAAACGGAAAAAGACGAGAUAUUAGCUGAGUUAUUAGAAGCUGAAGAACGGGAAUCACACGAACGUAAACAUCGCGAAAAAGUUGAAAAGGAAAUUCGCGCCAGGUUAGAUGUCCAUCGUGCUUUGAACCUUCAAAUGGAGGAACGUUUAGAGAAUAUGAAGAAAGAAGCUGAACGUGAUGCUCGAUACAAAGAGGAACUUGUAGCUCAAGCUGCAGAAAAUGAAAAACUCGAACAAUUUACGAAAGAAAAGCGUAGAUUACGUAUGAUGGAAUUACGGCGUGAUAUUGAAGAAACUAUGAAGUCUAUGCGACUUAAAAAGGCGAUGGAGAUGCAACUGAUGAUGAAAGAUCAAGAACUAUCGAAUGAACAAGCUGAAAAGAGGCGUCUAUGGAUAGAAGAAGAACGCAUUCGAAUGAUUACGGAACAUGCUGAAAAUUUGAUAGGUUUUGUUCCUAUUGCUAUACUAACUGAUUCCGAAAGGAAUAAACUGGGAGAAGACUUACGAUUGAAGCUUACCUGCCACCACAAACAGUUUUAACACACAAGUGGAAAAUGAAGUCUGGUGGGUUGCAUAUAGUGGCGCUCCGUUUCGAAUUUUCUAUUUAGUUUGAAAGACGACAGAUGUCGCUGUGGGUACCAAUUGGGGGUGUUUUACCGUUUUAUCCAAAAUGGCCACGCGUGAUGACAACGGAUUUUUGUAAAAUUAAUAAGGCCAAUAAAAUUAUUUACAAGUAAAGAUAA